GGGAACGGUUGGGUGGAAAGGAAAAGCGAAGGGCCAAAGUUUUCCAAAGACUUUGGUAGAAAGUUUUUGUGUGUGUGUGUGUGUGUGUUUGGGUUCCCUUCUUUUAUUUACUUUAUUCUAGGUGAGACCAACGUCCCGACAUUAAAAAAAAAAAAAAUGAAGUUCAUCAUUGGCAUCGGCGGCGUGACCAACGGUGGGAAGACCACCCUGACGAAUAGACUAUUAAAGACGUUGCCAAACUGUUGCGUGGUGCACCAGGAUGACUUUUUCAAGAGACCCGAUCAAAUACAAGUCGGGGAGGACGGCUUUAAACAAUGGGAUGUGCUCACUGCCCUGGACAUGGAGGCCAUGGUGAACACCGUGAAAGGCUGGCAGGAGAACCCAGUCAAGUUCGCCCGAUCCCAUGGUGUCAGCCUGUCACCUGAAGCCGAGGAAUCCGACCCGGAGAGAACGGGCCUCCACAUUCUCAUCGUGGAGGGGUUCCUCAUUUACAACUACAAGCCUCUCCUCGAUGUCUAUGACCAGUGUUACUACAUUUCCAUUCCAUACGAGGAGUGCAAAAUUAGGAGGAGUACAAGGACAUACACGGUCCCCGACCCACCCGGUUUGUUUGAUGGCCACGUGUGGCCCAUGUACUUGAAACACAGAAAGGAAAUGGCGGAGAACUCGAGUAGAAUACAGUACCUUGACGGCAUGAGAUCGAAGGACGAGAUUUACAACCAGGUGUACGAACGCAUUCAGAACUCUCUGCUCAACAGCUUGUAGCAAGACGGGGUUGCCGGAGGACUUGUGUAUAGACCUGUAAAUAUGAUUUUGAGUAAUGUGAAACAACACCCUUGCCAUAGCCUACUUCCGGCCAGAAAUGCUUUAUGACCUGUAAAUAGUUAAACCAUGUAAACCUGUCAACAACUUAAGGAUGGCAGAAGCGUUGUAUUUUGUAUGAUCCUGUCGUAACGUUUUGUAAAAGAUGAACCACCUCUGGACUGCCCAGUGUGAACAUGCAGAAUGGGUCUUAAUGCUGACCUUGGUUUUUAAAUGCGGUAGCGAGAUAUCCUGCACAGGGACAUCCAUUUAAAGAGGCCACCUGA